AUGGAGUUCCGAGCAUCAUGUCUACCGUUGCAACCGGGUGAUGGUAGUCAACGUUUUCAGACCAACCAGAGCGUCGAGCACUCUUCUUUUGCAGAACAGUCUUGCACUGUGAGGUCCCAAGAACGAAACACGCAGGACGAUCUUCGGCUUUCCGCGGAUUUUCCGACCGGCACUCGCGAGUCCGCCUUCGCUGCCGUGCCCGAUUACCCGCCUUUUUGUCGGGCGCGAGGCAUUCCUCAACAUUCCUCAGUUCCUGGCAAGUCUCUCGCGGCUGGUCACCCCUGCUGCUCUCCUUUCGCCGCGCCGUGUUCACAGGAAGCGACAGCCGGACUCCUCUUCCCCUCUGGUGCCAAUCAGUCGGCAGCGUCUUCCAGCGAGAAUGCCGCAGGCCGUCCAAGUCCGUCUGCUCUAGAGCCUGUUAUUCUUCCCGGUCUGUCGUUCGCUUGUGUCCAGUCGGCGAGCGCUCGCGGCGCAUUCCCCGCGUUCUCUCCCGUCCCACUCGGGCCUCUUUUCCGCGCCCUCGACCGAUCCAGUAGUUCCGUCGACGCCCAGUCUUCUCAACCGGCGCCUCCUGGCAUCGCACAUCGUCCCGUGGAGACGGACGGGGGAGCACCUCGAAAGCGGAGCGGUGGCGUCCUCUCAACUGCGCCUGUCACCAUGCCUCCGCCCGCGUCUGUGACCGCCGCCGCGCCGGCCGAAUCCGCGAACGGCGCGGUCCCUGCAACUGCCUCCGCGUCUGCAGGUGGACCGAUGCGGUCUCAACUCCGCGCAGAUGCCGUGGAAUUCCGGCCUGCCGCCUCAGCCGCUGCGGUCCCCGCCAACUUCAAAGGCGUCGGAGGCCAGGCGUCGCUGCCUGGAUCCGCGCCGUUAGGUCUGGUUCAUCAUCCGGGCGCAGCUGGGUCGCCGUCGCCAGCUUCUCCUUCCAACGCGGGUCUCAGCGUCAACAACGGGGCUUCUCCCACGUCGCCCUCUUCUUGCACUUACAGCACUCACCAGUUCAACCGGAAUGCCCAGGAGUUCGUGCCCGGGCGCCCCUUUAUGGUCUUCCCGUCACCCUCGCCUCCGCCCGCCGGCACCCCCCCGCCGCCGGCCAUGGCCGCCCCACUCGCGUCCGCUCAAGGCGCUGCGUCGCUUUCACGCGCGGCCGCGUCUCCACCCGCCGCGGCCGCGCCGAGCGCCGCGCCCGUCGCCGUUCCGCCCGUCGGCGUCGUCCGCGGGUCUCCAGCGGGGGCGGCGACGCUGCCGGCGUACGGGCCGCAGGUCGUCGGCCGCGGCGCACCAGCCGCGCACCUGCCUGGGGGCGGUGCGCACCACUCGCAACCCUUCAUUCCGGUGCCUGGCACUCUCCACUUUGCGCCCAUGCACCCGGUCCCCUCGCAGUUUGCGUCGCCGAUCCCGAACGGCGCACUCUUCGCCGGCCAGCCUCCGUCGGGCGCGGUCGAACAUCUCGUCGUCGCUCCAGUCGGCUCGCCGACCGAUCCCACGCUGGCGCAGCUCGACAAAGCCGUCGGCGCAGGCGCAGUGCCUGGUCCCUUCGUCUUCCCGUACGCAGCUCCGCAUGCUCACCUUGGGCCUCCACCGGGCGCGAACUGCGCGGCGCCGGGAGGCGAGUUCCUCGUGACGCCGUACGCGAUGGGCGGCCCAGCGCCAGGCACAGGGAGCGGCGUCGGCAGGGGACGCGGCGGUCGCCUGGGCCGCGGCGGCCGCGCAGGCGACGUCAACUACAGAGUGAGUGGCGGGGUCGGACGCGGCGCCGGCCGCGGCAUUCCAAAUGCGCCUGGCGCGUCUCGCAUGGCGCAGGGUGCGCCGCACCACGGCCGCGGCAACGCAAACUCUGUACCGGCUGUCCAGACACCUGGCGCGGGACAGGGCGGCCAGGGAGGCGCGCCGGGACGCGUCUCCGCGGGCACAGGCUCGGACGGAGCAGACGCGAAGGCCUCGGACGAAGUGAAGAGUCCCCCGCCGCCUCCGCCCACUGUUUCGCAAGGCAGCGGCGCAGUGCGGCCGCCGGCAGGGACGUCGUUCCGAGACAAGCUGCUUCAGGGAAACGCGAAGGCUGACCAAACGGAAGGCGCCGGCGCGCAGGCGAGUGCGGCGCAGGCCGGCGGAAAGGCGAGCGCAGCCGGACAAGAGCGGACCUCGCCGGCUUCUUCUCUCACCACGACGGGACCGGGGAGCGGAACAGGCACCGCGGUUGGCGGCGGCGCGAGUCCGACCGGAUCGUCCACCAACGACGGCGCGCGGUCUCCGGUGUCGAGUGGCGCGGGCCCGGUCUCCUCUGGCGAGGCCAAGCGCCCGGCGACCGCGCCCGCGACCGGCCUCUCGUACGCGGGAGCAGUCGCGGCUGCGGCGCUGAGUCACGGCGGCAACGGGGCGGCGCAUCAGGGUUCGCCGCGCGCGGGCGCGUCCGGCGCAGGCGGCAGUCGGGCGCCGUCGGCCUCACAGAAAGGUCCGGAGGAGACACCGAAGCAAGGCAAGGCCUCUCCGGAGACAGCGGGGAACGCAACAACGUCUGCGAGUGCAGCGACGCCCUCCUGGAGUCAGAAGGUGGGAAGCGCGGCCGCGACGCCCGCGAAAGAGAGCAGCGGGUCCCCAGCUGCCGGACUCUCCGCCGCAGCGAAGGACAGCGCGGGUAAUCAGACAAGACGGGGAAGCCUUGUCGGGUCUGCGUCGCCGUCGCGGAGAGGCUCUGCGCGCUCGGCGCCCAGCGCGCCGCACGCGCAGGACCGCGUCGCCGAGGCGCCGCGACCUCGCGCCGAAGCUUCAGCCGACGCGCCGGCGUCGUCGCGGCAGGAGGGCGGAGCUGAGCAAGCUCAAGCAGCAGUGGAGAAGGCGUCUCCAGGCGAAGCCACGCCUGCGGCGCCGCAGGGCCCACGCAGCUGGGCAGAACGAAUGAAGAACGCCAGCAAGUUGCCGGUCGCGGUCGUCGCGCCCUCGCCAAGUGCGCGAAAGUCGGCAGCGAAUGUGUCUGCGGCGCCUAAUGCUGGAGGAAAUGCGGCCGCCCGAGGAGGCGCUUCCGCUGCAGGUUCGCCGGCCGCGGCCAAGAGCGGCCCGAGUGGCGCAGGCGGCGGUGUCGGAAAGGGGGACGUUCAGCCCGCCCCCGAGGCGGCCGAGCAGCACGGCGCCUCUCAGGGCCCUCAGGCGGGUGUCCACGAGAAGAAGCGGGAGGUCGGCUCUGCGGAGGGACCGACGGGGAGCGCAGCUGCCAGCGGCCAGUCGACUGGAUGGGCGGCACGCGUGUCGGCGCCGAGCUCCCCAAAACCUGCCGCGGGCGCUGGCGAAAAGGCGGGCGACUCGCACGAUGCGGGCCGAGAAGGCGGCGCCGAGGCGGCCUCGGGCGCGGCAGGUGCUCAGGGCUCUCGCGCGCAGGACGGCGCGAAGCCGAAGCAGGAAGACAAGAGCGACGCGGUCCCCGCGGGCGCCGCCGGCGCGAGCGCGACGGGCGAAUUCUCUCAGGUUCAGGCGGAGGUCAGCGCGUCAGCGGCGACUUCCAGUGGCCCGAUGACCUGGGCCGAGCGCGCGCGACGCGUGAAGGAGAAGCCCGUUCCGGCAGUCGAGCCCGCGAAGCCGUCGCCUUCGAGCGAGGCUGUCUCGGAGUCCCGAGCGCCUGGAGGCAAGUUCGGCGACUCCAAGCGCGGGGAGCGAGAGCGAGGAAGAGGGAGAGAAGAAGGGCGCGGCCACGGCUACGUUGAUCGCGCGGGACACCCGCGGCGUGACCAGCAGCGCGGCAGUCGGGGCGAAGCCGCGGACGACGCAGCAGCCGCGGCAGCCGCAGCGCACGAAGGCGGCGCGCACCGCCAGGGCCGGGGCGGGAGUGGUUCGGAGGCGCUGGCCAGCGGCGAAGGCCAGGCGCCAGCUCACGGCGCCGCCGGCGCGGGCGCCCAGGAAGGCCCUUCGCGGAGACGGGGAAGCCACACGGCGGGCCCCACAGCCUCGGCCGCGCCCGGCGAGCCGAGAGGAACGGAGACAGGAGCGCAGAAACCGUCGGGCUGCUACGCGGCAGUCGUCGCGGCGGCACAACCUCAGCAGCCGCGGCGCUGGGGGCCGCAGGCGACGCAGCAGGCGCACGCGGAGUCAGGAGGCAGGCCGAGUCUCCAGGCGGCAGCGGAGGAUUUGACGCCGUCUCCAGGCGAGAAAAGCGCGUGGCGGGCGCAGGCCGGCGGCGCGGUUGGCGCCGGGGCGAGUGGCGCGGAGGGCCAAGGCGCUGCGGGCCGCGAGGUCCUCACCAAGGCUGAGGAGCCGCAUGUGCUGUGGCCGCGCAACCGACCCAAGCUGAAGAAGGUCGUGGUGGAACAGGAAGAAGAGAAAGAGGCGCCCUUGCUCCCCGGCCAGGAACAGAAGUUCGCACUUCCCCAGGGCCGGAAGGACCAGCUGCGGGCGGAGGAGCGUCGCCGCGCAAAGCAGCAGGUGCUCAAGCAGGAAGCCGAGGAGAUCGACGACGUGGAAUCGCACUCGCACCCCUCGAAUGCGGAGACGCAAGCUGUCUCCAGCAAGACUGCAGCAGCGCCCGGCGCCUUGGGCGUUUCGGGAAGCUUCAUGCCGUCUUCCCCCGCUGCAAUCCCGCCGACGACCGGAGCCGCGCCCGUGGCGGUCACUGCGCGCGGCUUCCCGACGACCGCGAGUCUCGUUGGGUCUGUCUUUUCGACGCCGACGACGCUGGAGACAACCGAACCUCCCGCGGUUCCCGCGCUGUCUCCGCGGAGCCCCGUCUCGCUCGUCACUUGCGUCUCUUCCACUGACGUCCAGAAGCCGUCUGUGUCCGCGCCGGUCGAGCAGCCGCCCUUCGGGUUUGCAGCUUCGCUCGCGGCGAAGAAGGAGGCCGCCGCUGAGUCCGUCGCCCCGCGGAUUGUUGCAGCCAAGGUUGGCGGGCUACCGCCAGUGAGUGCGGGAUUUUCGGAGCCGCCGCCGUCUGAGGACGCGCUCUGUGAACAGGCAAUGAAGGCCGAGAUGGGCAAGAAGCUGUCUCCGCGAGGGAGGGCCUCUGCGGAGGCGUCGCCGAGGUCCGCCUCGCGCGCCAAAUGUGAGGCGGAGGCGCGCAAGGCCUCGAGCCCGCGCGCGGGUUGCGCGGACAGGGGCCAGACCCGCAGGUUGUCGGGUUCCUCGACGCACGAGAAGAAGGACGGCGCGGAGGCGGAGUCGAAGCGCGAAACGUUCCUGUCUCCGCGAGCGGCCGCGGGCCAGGCGUCCUCCCCGCGCUCCCGAAGAAGGCCUCAUUCCCCGGCCUACAGCCCCUCGGGGUCAGCUUCGCCUCGGGCUGCGAGUCCACAGGCGAACCGGCUGCUUCUUCCCGAGGGCGCCGUGGAGCCUCCGAGGGAAGGCCAGAGAUCCCGCGCCGGCUCGGCGCACUCCCCGCGCAGCCCCCGACGGCGCGGCGCGGCGCCCGCUGCGGCGCCGGCUGAGGCUUCAGACAGUCCGGUCGGCAGUUCGGGUUCGGCCUCGUCGCCGUCGGAGUUCGUCGGGUCUCCGGCCACUGCUCUCUCUCGAUCCCCAGACGCGGGGGUGUCCUCGCCACAGAGCAAGUCGAGUUUCUCGCCGCCGUCUGCCGCGUCGCUCGUCAGCGACGGGAUCGCGUCGAGUGUGUCCGGCAACGACGUGGCCCGGGAGGACGGCGUCUCCUCUCUUUCGCCCGGCGGCACCUACUCCGGGCCGUACUCGAAGCGGCUGCUGGUAGCGUGUCGGCUGAGCAAGCAGGCGGCGUCGGUUCCCGCGCUGAUCUCGAUUUCUGCGCUCUCGCAUGCAGCCAUUCAGCAGGCCCAACCCGGCGGCGACUUCUGGUACCACGGCCGACAAGCCCACGACGACUCGUGGAAGAGUCGCUCCGGGCGCGCCGGCGGCGACGGUUUGCUCCACUCGCUGCACAGGAAGAACGACGGCAAGCGCGGCGCGAUGGGCCAGCAGGGCGCCAGCGGGCGCAACGAAGACGGCUGGCGGAUGGGCGACGGGACCCAGCACAACGGCAGCAGGGGCCAGGCCGGAGACAGCGGCCGAUCCGCGCCGAUGCGCGACUGGCGACGCGGCGAGGAGAGCGGCCGAGGCGGGCUGAGCGCCAUGGCCGGAGGCCUUGGCGGCUUCUUCAACCAAGAACGCCCCGACCCCGGCGAGUUCCGCCGCAUGCAACAGAGUCUGCCGCCGCCGCCGUCACACGCCAUUCUGAAGGCCUCCGAGAGCUCGUGGGUCAAGAAACAGGCGGAGCAAAAGAAGGACGAGCAACAACAGUUGCUGCGUCGGCUUAAGGGCCACCUGAACAAACUGACGCUGGAGAAGUUCGAGAAGCUGUACCCUCAGAUCCUCAAUGCAGGCAUCAAGGAGAAGGAGGAAGUCAACGCCCUAAUGAAGAUGGUCUUCGAAAAGGCCGUGUCUCAGCACCACUUCAUCCAGAUGUACGUCCAGCUCUGCUCCAGGCUGAAGGACGACUUGAAACAGAUUCUUGCUGACGACGCCAAGGGCAGUUACUUCCGUCGCAUCUUGAUUAACCAAUGCGAAGAUUCGUUUGUGGCGAAUCUGGAGCCGAUGCGAGUUCCCGAAGGCUUGGGAGAGGAAGAAGCCUUCGAGUUCGCUCAGCUCUACAAGGCGCGCAUGAAGGGAAACAUGAUCUUCGUCGGAGAGCUGCUCAAGAGCCGCAUGAUUUCCCACCGCAUUCUCCUCGAGUGUAUCGACAGGCUGCUGCAGAAGCGCCUGGAGUGUAUCGAGAUCUCUGGAGGCGAGGACCAGGGCGUGCCUCACAUGGAGGCCUUGUGUGCUUUCCUGCACACUGUCGGUCCGUUCUUCGAGAACCCGAAAUGGAAGUUCUACGAGGAGUUCUGUGAGCGGAUCAAGAUCGUUCAGAAGCUCCAGAAGGAUGAGUCGCUGCCGUUCCGGGUCCGCUGCCUCUUGAAGGACGUGCUGGACAACCGGGCGGAGAAAUGGCGUAAGAAGUUCGCGGCCACGAAGGAAGGUCCGACUCGGCUCUCAGAGCUCCACCAGCAGGCGCAGCUCGAGCAGAUGCAGCAGCACCAGUACAGCGCGGGUCUCCUCGGAGGCAAGGGUAGAGGCCCAGGCUUCGACAACCGGGGAGACGACGGCGGUUGGGAGAUGGCGCCUAGCAGGCGUGGACUCGGCCUCGCGAAACUGAAGCCUGGAAUGAACUCGACGCCGAUGAACACGAAUUCUCGCAUGGGUGGCGAACCUUCGAAACCCUUGAGCGCUUUCAGUGCCUUGGGGCGCAUGCGCUCGGAGCGAGAGAAGGAACGAGAACCCGGCCGCGACGACAACCUGCGUCGGGAGAACUGGGGAUCGAGCCUCAGCAAGAGGUCGCCAGCGAGUGCGGCUGCGUCCAGCGACGCAGCGGCUUCUGCACAUGCAGCCUCGUCUGGGCCGAGUUCCCUCCUCGGCCGCGCCCCCGUUGACGGAGGAGCGUCGCCUGCGAAGGAGAGCCGGCGCAGGAGUGCCGGCGAAACAGCUGCAACGAAGGCUAGCAGCGCGGGCGCAGCGCCAGUAUCCGAGGAGCAACAAGUCGCCGCUGCACGAUCUGAGCUGAAGGAUCUCGUACAGUCGAUGGACCUCAACACGGCGCUGGAGAUGCUAAAGGAAAUGAACCUUUCGCCUUCUGUCCACAAGGAAAUCUUCGAUGAGUGGCUGAAGUAUUCUAUCGAGGCUCUGGUGGCCGAUAAGGACCACGUGAACAAGCAGCGGGCGAUUGCUUUCCAGCUCUUCGUUCAAGUCUGCCAAAAGGGUAUCAUGCAGGCGGAGUCUCUCAAAGCUUGCCUGAAGCAGUUCAUGUCGAACGGCAGUGAUGGCGACGAGGGCGAAGACGGGGAAGUCGUCGAAGACAGCCCGUACAGCGAUCUGAAGAUUGACGUUCCGCGCCUUACCGAUUUCAUGAAGGAGUUUUUGCAGACACUGGAAACCGCCGACCCUGAGCGCCAAGUCCUGAGCACCAGUACCCUGGACGAUUUGAAAGGCAAGCUCUGA